UUAUUUCAUCGGCAAAACAGCUUACUCAUCCAUUUAUUAUCACUAGAGCUCUUACAUUCUUACGUCCUUGCUAUUCCAUCUAAAGAAAUCAAAACUUUUAAGUAUUCUCAUAUUUUCGAAAUAUAAUGGCUGCUUCAGCAUCAUCUGCGGUGUACCACUCCAUCUUGUCUAACCAUGUCACCCAUGUUCAAACCCAAACACGAAGAAAUGCUAGCUUCAGAGUUUGCUGCAUGGCCGAGGAUAAGCAGUCUCCAAUUUCAACUCCACGACCACGUGUUGCACCUAAGAUGAGUACUAAAUUUACAGAUUUACUAGCAUUCAGUGGGCCGGCACCUGAGAGAAUUAAUGGUAGACUUGCCAUGAUUGGGUUUGUUACUGCUAUAGGAGUAGAACUCGCUAAAGGUACUGAUGUCGCAGCACAGUUGGGUGAUGGAGGACUACCAUGGUUUCUGUAUACAUGUGUUUUGCUAUCAGUAGCCUCAAUUGUCCCAUUGGCUCAAGGUGUCAGUGUUGAAUCGAAAUCGGACGGUAUCAUGUCCUCCACUGCUGAGAUGUGGAACGGCAGAGCCGCAAUGCUCGGGUUGGUUGCGUUGGUGCUCACUGAAGUUGCCAAGGGAGGAGCUCUGAUAUAAUUUACGCAAUGUUAUUAACUCAUUCCUGUAUUCCUUGUUGGUGUUUUAGAAGAUUAAAUUUUACAAGGUCCCCCCUGUAAAUGUUUUUGAUCACUUAUAUAUAUAUGAUAACUUUGUCAACUUUUUUUUAAUA